AUGUCGCCAUCUGCUGCCUCCUGCUGUUCAGUGAAGCUGCGCAGACUCUGCCGUUCCGCACGCGCUCCGCUUCUCCAGCACGGUGACACCGACCACUUUCACGCCGACCCCGAAAGAAAACCAGCUCGCGCUCUCUCACCCCCCCUCAGCCCCCUGCACAGCGAGCGAGCCGCACGCGGGCCACCCGAGGCGAUGCUGUACGGGCUGCUCUUGCCUCUCGCGGCGCUGCUGCUGCUGCGCGCAGACGGCAGGCGCGUGGACACGGCGGUCUCUAUAAACAACAACAACAACAACAACGAUGAAAGCCACAACAACCACGCGAACCCGCUGGACUCGGACAAAUGGAUGAGCGGCGCGUCCCACUACGACAAGGAGAAGUACUGGAACAGAUUCAGAGACGAGGUAGAGGAUGAUUACUUCAGGACCUGGGGCCCCAACAAAGCACAAGAUAAAGAGUCAGAGACUCAUCCUAGAAGACAUGGAGAACUGAGCUCUAAACCACACUCAGCACAGCCUAAAUGGAGAAGCGAGGAUGGUUUGGACAUCACUAAAGACCCCUGCUCGAAGGUGCACUGUCCUCCUCACAAAGUGUGUGUGAGUCACGACCUCCAGACAGCUAUCUGCACCAAUCACAAACCCCCACAGCACAGUGUUAAGCCAAGGAAAGGUAGUCUUCCCCAUAAGCACUGGGUUGGAGCAAUGACUCACGGGAAAUGUAGGCCAUGUCCUGUUGUUCAUCCUAACCCAGUCUGUGGCUCAGAUGGACAUACAUAUGCCUCAAAAUGUAAACUGGAGUUCCAGGCAUGCAUUUCAAAAAAGAGCAUCUCAGCCAAAUGUGAGGGACCGUGCCCCUGUCUGCCUGGACAGGAAGUCAUCAAACCCCACAGUGAAAAGAAUGCCUGCAGUGAUGCUGACCUGAGGAGUUUGGCCUCCAGACUGAAGGACUGGUUUGGUGUGCUACACCUGGACGCCAACAGAGAUCUGAAGACUUCUGCCAAUGACAACGCUCAAGGACGUUUUGACACCAGCAUUCUGCCCAUCUGUAAAGACUCUCUUGGUUGGAUGUUCAACAAGCUGGACAUGAAUUAUGACCUCUUGCUUGACCAAUCAGAGCUCAGCGCCAUCUACCUGGACAAAUAUGAGCUGUGCAUGCGACCGCUCUUCAACUCCUGCGAUUCCUUUAAAGAUGGAAAACUCUCCAACAAUGAGUGGUGUUACUGCUUCCAGAAACCAGAGGGUCUGCCGUGUCAGAAUGAAAUGAACAGGAUUCAUGCUCAAAGCCGACGGAAGGCUCUCAUAGGAGCAUAUAUCCCCCGCUGUACAGAAGAUGGCUACUUUAAGGCUACACAGUGUCAUGGCAGUACGGGGCAAUGCUGGUGCGUUGACAAAUAUGGCAAUGAGAUUGCAGGGUCCAGAAAACAAGGCAACCCCAUUUGCGAAGAGGAUCAGGAGACUUCAGGGGAUUUUGGAAGUGGAGGAGCUGUGAUUCUCCUCGAUGACCAAGAGGAAGAGGAGGCGGAGCCUCAGCAGCAUGGCCGACGCAGACAGAAGGAGAAACGUGCUCGGCUCCGCCCCCGCGGGGCCAUCGAGGAUGACGAAGACGAAGAGGACGACAAAGAGGAUGAAAUGGGUUACGUCUGGUAGCUCCACCCCCUCAUCUUCUGCUGGCCAACCAGGGACCCCCAUUGAAAUGCAAAGUUCUGAAGCCAUUCCAACUCCACCAACCUGGACCUGCCCCUCAGAAUAUAAACUCCACCUCUAAACAUCACCCCACCCACCAGAGCUCAUUUACAGCCUGCUUUAUCAUCUUACUUGC